GUGCGUGACCAUAUUUCUCCUCAAGCCCUACCAAUCCAUUGCUCAGAUGCCAAAUAGUCGCUCAACCAAUGAGGUUGAGCCUGCUGGUCUUUGAAGUCUCCUGGGGACUCUUCAACUUUCGGCGUAGUGGCUCUAGAAGCACCUUUAAUCAGGCAAUUAGACCCGGGCUUCAUGCAUGGCUGAUAAACGACGGCUAGGAGGUGCGUUGCUCGAUCUGGAAACCCAGUCAGGGGAGGUGUUCGGAGCCGUUCUGAUCCAUCCAGUAAACACCGACUCAUCGCACCGACGGCAACCGUAUGAGUGCGAGCCAUUGCAGCAUACUGUAACUCCAGACAGGACAUCGACUGGGAACGAGCACGAAUCAUCAGCGGAUAAACGUCGUCUUCAACAUCAGCAGCAGUCGCCAGAUCAACCGCAGGGGACUAGAUCGCACGGCCGGGAAAAACGAGUCAGUCGUCAAAGUCCGGGUAGAGGGAGGAGAGGAAGCCGGUACAGACUAGGGUUUCCUGAUCGAAUGGCAUCACCAAUUUCAUCUCCUAUUCCAGGAACUAUUCUUUCAAGACUCCGUCUUGGUCUCGCAACAGCAUCGCCUUUCGCCAAGUUCCUUCUCGUGUUCGGUGCAAUUUUCUACUGUUUCGCUGCCGUGGGUGUAUGGCAGCUGUUCACCGCGUAUUGGUUCUCGUACACCUUCCUCGACGACGCGGACACCGUGCUGAUUCAGCGAGCAAUGGAGACCGAGCGUCAAUUUGUACCGCCUGUCAAUCAGCUGGUUCCCGUUACCGAGUUACCAGCAUCUCUACGGCUUCGCCACCAUCAAAGAAAGGGCCUAGAGGGGGAGGAGGAAGAGGAUUACGAAGACCUAUCACGCCUAAGCCAGCUGUCAAUCCAAGCUCUAGAGAGAAAGGGUGACAGCAAUAAUCGGACGGGUGCAGCCGUGAUCGGGACGAAGCAGCAUUUGCCUUCAUUUACGCCAUCAAAGCUUCUGCCUAAUGGAACGCUGCCUAAAAUCGCCUUCUUAUUCCUCACCCGAGGGCCUCUCCCUCUCCAACCUCUCUGGGAGGAGUUUUUCCAUGGGAACAUGCACCGUGCCUCAGUCUACGUGCAUGCGGCCACAGAGGGCUGGGACGUGAAUGCACAUGUUGGGAAAAACAGCGUUUUUCGGGGGACCCAGAUUCCAGGAAUAAGGAUUGUGAGGGGGAUGCCGUCGAUGAUUCAGGCUACCAGGCGACUUCUAGCAGCAGGGCUUCAGAAUCCAGUCAAUCAGCGGUUCGUCCUGUUGUCAGAGGCCUGCAUUCCCAUCCGGAGCUUCGACUUUAUUUACGAGUACCUCUUUACAGGGGAUAGAAGCUUCCUGGCAGUCCUUCCAGCGCUUCGCUGGUGGAGGUUUCCACGAUAUUUCUGGAUAUUCAUGCCACGUCAGCUGAUCCAUCCGUGGCAGAUCAGGAAGGGGUCUCAAUGGUUUGUGCUGACUCGGCCGCAUGCAGCUUUAGUGGUGGAAGAUAUGAAGUACUAUGUGACCUUUGGCAGGGGCAGGGGGGAGUAUCCUGAUGAGGGCUACAUUCAGACGGUGGUUUGGGGAUACGAUCGGAGAGGGAUUGAGCCACACUCAGUCAUGCAUGUGGACUGGCCACAUUACAAGGCUGAGCAUCCAAGAAUGUACUCAGGGAGCAGUGUGACAACGGCAUUGAUAGAGAGGAUGCAGAGACGGCAUUUUGCAGUUUCGGAGAAUGUCGGUCUUCUGGAUGUGGCCUUCCCUGGUCCAUGCAGAGUUGCAGGGGAGCGUGUUCCGUGCUUUUUGUUUGCACGCAAAUUUGCCCCCUCCACAGUCAGCACUCUAUUAUCCAUGCGAGAUACUCUGGGGUUUUAGAACUCAUUGGAUUCGUUGGCCACAUUAUAACCAAGCCAUCAUGUCGAUGGUUUGUGCUUUGGAUUGGAUUUUGUUUUUCCCCUCGGUUUCUAAAAUAA